AUUAGUUAAAGUAUUAUAAUUGGUAGAGAGAGAGUUCAUAGUUACUGCCUUCCAUCAAAAGAGAGCUUAAAGCUUUGAAUUGGAAAAAAAGAAAUAAAAAAUCAAAAUAAUAAUGAAAACCCAAAGCAGAUCCUCCGUUUGUUGAUGGUUUGUGCUUUCUUCUUUCUUACCUACCAGAAGAAGAAGUAGCAGAAACUGAAGCCAAACCGGAAGUCAAAUCGGGAUUUGGGCUUGGGUUUACCCGUCAUUUUAGCUUACGUCGCCGUUUUGAUGCUCUUUUUCUCAUCCGGUGACGGCGUUACUGCUGAUUUCGGUAAAUGGAUCUUAUUUGGGCGAGCUAGCACUGGCACCGGUGGCGGCGGUUUCUGGUCUUCUAACUCGGUGGUUUCAACUUCGGUAUAGCGAUCGCCGUCACUGCCGUAGCUGGCAUCGCCGUCGCCGCAACCGUCGUCUACUCUUGUAGAUAAAAAAAAAAAGGAAAAGAAAGAAAAAAACAAUUCUACAAAAAAAAAGGUUCAUUCUCAUUCAAAAUCACUUCCAUCAUUACCGCAGCAUAGGGAGCUUAGAUUGAUUUUGGAUAUUAAUUAGGUAAAGUAAGACACAUAGAAAUCGAUAUGCUUACGGAACAGAAACCGUUAAUGCGAGCUUUGCGGCGAAUUCACACAUCUUCAUCGCAAUCAACGUCAUCGUCCUCCUCAUCGUCGUCAAAUACUUCAUCUUCUUCAUCGUCGUCGUGGAUUCAUUUGCGAUCGGUUUUAUUAGUCGUUGCUUCUUCCUCUUCCUCGUCAUCUUCCUCAUCUUCUUCCCAACAAAUUCCGACUGAUCGGGGUAGCCUAAAAUCACCUUGGUCCCACAGGAGAAGAAAACAUGCCCUUCUACCUAAACAAUGGAGGAAUUUGUUCACUGCUGAUGGGAAACUCAUUGAUGGUGGUGUCAAGUUUCUGAAAAAAAUUCGAAGUGGAGGUGUUGAUCCAAGUAUUAGAGCAGAGGUGUGGCCAUUCCUCCUCGGAAUAUACGACUUCAACAGUUCAAAGGAAGAAAGAGAUUCCUUGAGAAGUCAGAAACGAAAAGAGUAUGAAAGAUUGCGUAAGCGGUGCCACCAAAUCCUUAAACGUACUGAGAAGAGUGUUAAGUUGAAGGGAACUGCUGGAAACGUCUGCAAUGAAGACAAUGAGUGUUUCAGUCAAGUUUUUGAUUCUCCAGGCUUGGAGGAUAUGGUUAGUGGUAGGAGGUCCCACUCCACCGAGGGAGGAAGCCCUGUGUUUGAUGAUUCUGAUCACCGCGUCUGUGAUCAUAGUCAUCCAACCUCUUUAUCUUCUGAUUCAUUUCUGGAGGGAGAGGUUGGUAAGAGAGUAGUCAUUAGUCAAGAUGCCUGUACUGGUGAGACAGAAUCAUCUGAUUCUGACUCCUCUGAAGAAGAUGAAAACACACCUCUCCUUUCCUCUGAAAUAAUCGAGGAAAAUGAUAUUCAUAAAGAUGAUAAUGGUAGUUCCUCUCCCUCCCAGAUAGAAGGCAGGUCUGCAACCCCCACUGAUGAAGAUUUUGCCACAUGGCGGAGAAUUAUCCUCCUUGAUGCAGUGAGGGCAAAUGAUGACUGGAUCAUUUACUCUCCAUCUCAGGCUUCAGUAUCCACAAUGAAAGCACAAAGGUUAGCUGAGAGUGUUGGGUUGAAAGAUUAUGAUGAUUUAGAGCCAUGCAGGAUUUUUCAUGCAGCUCGCCUGGUUUCUAUUCUCGAGGCUUAUGCCCUUUACGAUCCCGAGAUAGGUUACUGCCAAGGGAUGAGUGAUCUGCUCUCUCCAAUCAUCUCAGUGGUAGAGGAUGACUCUGAGGCCUUCUGGUGCUUUGCAGGUUUCAUGAAAAGAGCUCGUCACAAUUUCCGACUUGAUGAGGUGGGGAUUAGAAGACAGUUAAACAUUGUCUCCAAGAUUAUCAAGUGUAAGGAUAACCAUCUAUAUAGACACCUCGAGAAGCUUCAAGCUGAAGACUGCUUUUUUGUGUAUAGGAUGGUUGUAGUACUUUUCAGGAGGGAAUUGAACUUUGAGCAGACACUUUGCCUCUGGGAAGUGAUGUGGGCAGACCAAGCAGCUAUCCGUGCCGGCAUUGCAAGGUCUGCUUGGGGGAGGAUGAGACUUCGUGCUCCCCCUACUGAUGAUCUCCUGCUUUAUGCAAUAGCAGCAUGUGUUUUGCAAAGGAGGAAGUUAAUCAUAGAAAAGUAUAGCAGCAUGGAUGAGAUAAUGAGAGAAUGCAAUAGUAUGGCCGGACAUCUGGAUGUCUGGAAACUUCUCGACGAUGCCCAUGAUUUAGUGGUCAACCUACAUGACAAGAUUUAAGACCAAACCACUCUGCCUGCCCUUUUUUUUCACUGAUUUUUCCCCAACUCAACUCCUUGCUACAUUUAUGGAACCCUAAAUUAAAGAAGGGAUCCAAGUUAUUUGACAUUUCAGCCUGAAACAAAGUGUUUUGAUAGGCGAAUACCCUGAACCAAGUAAAUUAUGGGAUUUACAUCUACUAUGUUAUAUUGCCCGCACUCGAUACUUCAUCUGGGUGAUGGUGGCAAACGCUGAGAAAUCAGCUAUUUAAAAUGUUUUUAGCUUUGUUUGCUUGCAAUUAUUGAAAUGACAGAAACUUGCCAACUUCUACUGUU